CAAAAGUUGACAGAGAUAAUCUAUAGAGAACAUUUCAUCAACAUAUACUUUGUAAUUGUCAUAUUGAAAGAUACGAAAUGACAAGUGAAAAUCAUCCAUCAAAUUGUGUAAACAAUUCACCAAUAUCUAUUAAACCAUCAAUGGACAAAUUACCAAAAUGUUCUACAACAGAAUUUUAUUUUUUAAUACGUUUAUUUAUAUCUGAAUUAAUUGGUACUGGGACAUUAUGUUUUGUUGCUGGCUUGUAUAGUUUUCCACCAACUAUUAAUCCAGUAUCAGAUUGUAUUAUUGUAUUUUUUACAUUUUCAUGGAUUGUAUGGAUAUUUGGACCAAUAAGUGGUGCACAAAUUAAUCCAAUAGUAACUAUUGCAUUCUUUAUCACACGAAGAAUAACAAUUAUACAUACUAUAUUAUUUAUAAUAGCUCAAUUAGUUGGUGCUAUUUUAGGUGCAUUGAUAGCUAAAAGUUUAUUGCCUAAUGAUUUAUCACAAUUAAAUAAAAUUGGUUUAGUUAUGAAAAAUCCUUCAGUAUCACAAGGUAAUGCUGUUGGAUUUGAACUUUUUGGUGGAUUUGCAAUUGUAUUAGCUAUUCUAGCUACAACUGAUGAAUUUCGACCAAAUAUAUGGACAGCUGGAUUAUUUACUAGUUUGCCAUUUCAAAUGGGAGUUGUUCAUGCUUUAUUAGUUGGUAUAUUAGCUAGAUAUUCUGGAAGUGGUUUGAAUCCUGCACGUUGUUUGGGUUCAGCUGUGGUUGCAAACGAUUUCACUGACUUAUGGGUUUAUGUAGUUGGUCCACUAUGUGGUUCUUUAAUUGCUGUCAUUCUUUAUGAAGUUGUCUUAUCACAUGGUGUAUCGUUGGAUCGAUUAAAAGCUUGGUUGACUAAUCCAAAUUUUGAUCGUAAUGUGGAUUAUAGUUCUAGAAAUGAAGUAUUUAGUGAUUAAGAAAGAAUGCAAAACAACAUUGUACACUGAUUGGGGAAAAUGUUUCUUUUGUACAGAAUAGUGGGGAGGCAAUCAUCAUGUAAACACCACUCAUACAUUGAAUGUAUUAAUUAUAUUUUACUGUUAAAAUUGUCAAAUGUCAAUAGAUUUAGUUAACUUCAAAUAAAAGAUAAAUAAACAAAAA